CAGUUGAUAUUUAAUGUGACAGAUGUUGUUGAAAGAACUAUCUGUAAUAAAACUGUCAUUUUACCUUGCUAUGUGACUAACCUAAAGGAGAACAAUGCAUCUGUCAUGUUUGUUACGUGGAAAAAACAAGGAAAAAGAAUUUUUUCUUUUGAUGGAGGAAAAGUGGAAUUUUUCAAAGAUCCAGCGUUUUCAUCAGCUAACUUAGUAUCUCAAGCUGAUUUACCCAAGGGUGUUGCCUCUUUAACGCUUAACAGUGCAGAAGCAGAUGCUGGAAAUUACAGUUGUGAAGUAACAGAAUCAAGCAGAGAAGGAGAGACAAGAGUUGAACUUAGAAACCACACGGUUGACAGUUGCGACGAGGAAAGUACCCCAACACCAAAGGAAAAAUGUGGAUCAUGGUUCGUUCUAGUGGAAAGGGCUAUCAUCAUAGCGUUGCUGAUCUCGGUUAUUAUUUUGUGUGCAGCUCAGUUAAGUGUUAUUGCAUUAAAAUAUGAAAUCGUACCUCAGAAGAAAACGGUCACUAUUACAGCAGGUAUCAUCAUCGUAGUUUCUGCUGUUGUAGGCACUAUUCUUUUUGCCCAAGAUGGCUAUACUGCACAGAAUCAAGCUGGUCUUGGCCUAAUUGUAAUCCCUGCUGUGAUUGUGGUACUGCUUCAAUACUUCAUGUUUGGAAUGGUUUUCGAUUGUCUGCCACAAGCAACAUUUGCUCUGAUAGGUUUGCAGGUUCUUGGUUAUAUAGUUGCUGUGGUUGGUUUUGCACUGUGUGUCUCAGCCUGUCCUCCGUUACAUGGGUCUGUUGUGAUUGCUGGCUUAGCUAUUAUGGGUAUUGCAACUUUGCUUAGUCUGGGUUACGUGUUUAUUAUGGGUUCCAGCAUGAAAGAUCAUCCUCGUCCAGGGAAAGCUGUAGAAGAACCACUAAAUGAACUGCAGAACUAUGUGAUAUGUGAAAAGUACACCGUUGUUGAUACACCGUGGCCUUGA